AAUAAAAACUUGAAAAUGUGUUGGCACUACUUUUGAUACGUUAUAGGCGUGAUGUCACCGGUGCGCAACUUUCAGCAAGGCUGCGCUCGCAAAUACAAACAGUCGUUUAACCUUCUGAAACUCGGAGUCGCAUUUCCAAAACAAACUUUCAGAAAUUAGGCUAUGAAGUGUUUUGGAUACUGACUAUCGAGCGAAACUCGAAAGACAUGGCAACGUCAACAAAUCUGCCGGUUUCGGCGAUACUCAAGAGCAGCACGGAUCCGGACGAGCCGAAGAAAAAGUCCAGGGACGAUUGGAGGAAGGCGAAAGAACUCGAGGAAGCGAGAAAGGCUGGAACAGCUCCAGCAGCAGUAGAUGAAGAAGGGAAGGAUAUAAAUCCUCACAUACCCCAGUAUAUAUCUUCAGCGCCAUGGUACUACAACACAAAAGGGCCUACACUCAAGCAUCAACGUAUCCAAGAAGAGAGCGUAAAACAGUUCUCUGGAAUAGAUGAAUGGUACAACCGAGGUGUUGACAGCACAAAAGUCGCAACCAAAUACAGAAAAGGUGCUUGCGAGAACUGUGGGGCGAUGACUCACAAGAAGAAAGAUUGCCUAGAACGACCAAGGAAGAUUGGUGCCAAGUAUUCCGGUGCUAAAAUCGCUCCCGAUGAAUUUAUGCAGCCAGUCUUGGACAGGGAUUAUGAUGGAAAGCGCGACCGAUGGGCUGGCUAUGACCCGUCUCAGCACAGAGCCGUUGUUGAGCAUUAUGCCAAAGUAGAUGAGGCCAAAAGGCAAUUGCGGGCCGAAAAGCUUAAAACCGCACCCGAAGGGGAGGAACAGCCAGAAGAUGAAGACGAUGCUAAAGAUAACGAAGAUGCUGAUGAUGAUAAAUACGUAGAUGAGGUAGAUAUGCCUGGUACUAAAGUUGACAGCAAACAGAGAAUCACAGUUAGAAACCUCAGGAUAAGAGAAGACACUGCUAAAUAUUUGCGAAACCUUGAUCCAAAUUCGGCGUACUACGAUCCCAAGACUCGUUCUAUGAGGGACAAUCCAUACGCUGAUAAAGCAGAAAUGGAUGCUGAUUAUGCUGGGGAGAAUUUUGUACGUUACACAGGUGAUACAAUGGACCAUGCAAAGACGCAGCUCUUUGCCUGGGAAGCUCAUGAAAAGGGAGUCGAAGUGCAUCCUCUUGGUGAACCUACAAAGCUUGAAAUCCUUAGAAAGCAGUACGACGAAAAGAAAGAUGAAUUUAAAAAGAAAGGACAGCUUGAUAUUCUAGAAAAAUAUGGUGGAGAAGAACACUUGAGCGGCCCUCCUAAGGAGCUUCUCCUCGCACAGACUGAAUAUUACGCGGAGUACACAAGGCACGGGACAAUUAUUAAGGGGCAAGAAAAAGCAAUUGUGAGAUCAAAAUAUGAGGAGGAUGUUUUUAUAAAUAACCAUACAUCAGUCUGGGGUUCUUAUUGGUAUAACGGACGCUGGGGUUAUAGAUGUUGUCAUUCAUUUAUUAAAGGUUCAUAUUGUACUGGCGAAGCAGGAAGAAUUGCAUCUCGUAUGGAAGGCACACAUGUCAAAGGGCCAUUCAUAAUACCCGCAAAUCUGUCUACCGAGGAACAAGAAUCAUCCAGUUCGUCCGAGCCUUCAUCUGACGACUCAUCUUCGUCUUCGUCUUCGAGUGAUGAGGAAGAGAGGCAGAAAAAGAAGAAGCCGUCCAAACAGAAGGCUAAGAAGGAAAAGCCGGUGAAGAAGAAGAAUAAGAAGAAGGCCGAACUAACAGAGGAAGAGAAGCUCGCAGAGGCCCUGCGGAAAGAAGAGGAAGCGCAAAAAGAGGGAGAACGACUGCAGAAGAUCGAUGAUAGAAAGAGAAGCUACAACAGCAUGGUCGAAGUCAGCAAGCCAACCGACAUUGAAAUGGAGGCGUACUACAUGAAAAAACGACGCGAUGAAGACCCUAUGGCACAAUUCUUAUAAUUUUUGUUUUUUAAAUGCAUAAAUUGAUGUACCUACGAUUUUUUUUGUAUAUAUAUAUG